AAUACUUCCUCUUUCGAUCUUAAUCAGCUGUUGGUAUACUGUGUUUUAAUUUUGUUGGGCUUUGGUGGAUGCGAAGCGUAAAAUAACGAUAACGAUUGCACAAGCAGUGUCUUGAAAAACAAUGACAGUUGUUGAAAAUUGCUCUUGAUGUACGGUAGGCCCCCAGGAUGGCACGGAAAAUUUGUUGCAUGCUUGAAUGUUGAAACUUUUGCAAGGUUCCUAUGAGUGCAGACACUAGGUGAUGUUCAGAGGUUGGCUUAGUAUUAGCCAGUGAUUGGCAGAUGGGGGGGGGGGGGCGGUGCAGUGGCGGAAAUUCAGGGUUUCAUUUGGGGGAGCCCAGGCCUACGAUUUUCCGACAAGAUAACAUCUCGGGUCAUGUCUUUUUUUAAAUUAACUACACAUUUUGAUAAAAAUAGAUGAUUUUUUGACGGGACCAGAUAGAAAUAUUUGCUGACCACGCCAUAAUUAAGUAGCAAGAAGAACAAUCCAUUUAUGAUUUUUAAUAUCAAGAUCGAUCAUCUAAGACACAAUUGAUGAUACAAGAGGUCGACCGAUCACACUUUUGACAAGUCGUACGUUCAUUUUAUGAAUUUUGCCUUGUUUUCGUUAGUGGGAAAUAAGUUUGAAAAUAGCUUUUAUUCCGAAGAAUCCUAUGGAAAUUCGGACUAAUCUUAUGGAAUUGAAUUAAAUAUACAAUUCACAAGUAGUUUUGAUUUUGGUCAGAUAUUGUUUGAUUGAUUAUUUAGUACUGGCUAAUAUUUUAUCAGCUAUGCUAUGUUCAAAUUUUGCAAAAAGGGCACAGAGAGGUUAUAGAGGCCCCUGGGAUAAAAAGGGAAAAUGCAGAUCACCUGCGAGCGAAGCGAGCAAAAAAUUUGGCAAUUACGCCCCUCAGAAUAGCUUAAAAUUCCUUUGCAGAGCGAUUUCUUGGAGUAAUUUCGACACGUUAAACGGUUGUCAGUUAUCCGACGAAAUCCCGAAUUUUCCGAGCCGAGCCCCCCCCCAAACCCCCAUAAUUUCCGCCACUGAGGCGGUGGAUGCAUGUACUUUGUUUCGAAGCGACGUUUCGGGAAAGCGAACUGAGAUUUAUUUCACUAGAAUGAUAUCGUGAUUUAGUCAGCAGACAUACUGCAAACAAGGAUAGCGUAUACUGCUUUCUGUGCAGUGAAUGGGAAUUGAGGGAAGGCUUCUUGUUCUGUCUUAAAUUCAUUCAAUGUUUCCAUAGUUAUUCCUGGUCUUCUAUGGUAUUGAGCUGGUAGGGGCAACGUUCCACUGACAUUUCUUAGUUGUAGAUCAUCGCAAAUUCCCUUUUCUAUAGAAACUGGGCUGGAUCUCAAUGCCUGAGUUCGGAGGCUCGUGGUUUUUCAAAAGUUUUCAGUCAACUCUUUUUAGCUAGCCGAAUGAAGAGGUUUUCCUUUUGAAAUUUUGCAGGUAAAGACUUGCAGCUCAGCAUCUUGUAGAAAUUGCUUAGCCCCUCCAUAUUUGUGAAAACCCCCUUCUACCCUUUUAAAACUUGGGUGUAGUUCGAUAGGUGAAAAUACCCAUUUGCAACAUAGUAAGAUAAUCACUUGAAAAAUUGGUAAGAGCUUUAUUACAUUCCUCCUCAUUUUCAAAGAAUUUUUAGGCUUACUUUUUAAAGUACCGGCUCACACAAACCCCUUUUCCCAAAACGAACUCACCCCUUAGGCCCAUCUCUUAUUGUUUACAUCUACACGUGCAUUAGAAGCCACACGUCAACUAGAUUCAGGCUGGAAUGUUUGUUUAAACUGUACUAACAAGAUGCAGCUGAUAAUCGAUCUGGGUUUGUUCAGCGUGAAGUCAACAAAUGGAUGACGUAGCAAAUGAAUUUGAGAUUCUUUUUAUUUUAAGUCUAUGCAGCGGCCAAUAAGCAAAUAAUAAUGGCAGCGCUUUGUUAAGGCUGUUAACCCUAUUCCCAGUUUAACUUGCCGAGCUUGGGAUACUUUCAAAGUUGUAAAGCUGUAGAGUACUAUUGGGACACUAAAAAUGUUCGUUUUUUAUCCCAAAAUUCAAUAUUUCACAGCUAUAUUUUUUAUAAGCUUGUUCGCACUAUGUUGUUCAUCUAUGGUCACUCGUUUAAAUCAAGAAAACUUUGAAGUGCUCGUGUAUUCUGAGAAUAGCCCGUGGAUUGUUGGUAUUUCCAGCAAAGUAUCGAUAAAGGAGCUGGAUAAGAUUUACGAAGAAACCAAAGACAGGAUAAAUAUUGGCAUUAUCGAUGAAGAGGAAUACAUCUCAUAUUUGAAGCUACUGGGCAAGGAUGAAAAGCCUUCCUCGUUGCCAGCCAUCUUGAUGUACCCAUUUGGUCCUCGUAUCCACAAACGAUUGAGAAGCGAAGGUGUAGAAUCACCCGACACUGCAGUUUAUAGAGCACUAGCGAGCACUCCUGACGUCACUAACAAGCUGCCAAAUGUAGUUGACAACAGAAACACUGAGCUUCGAAACUUUAUUCAAGAGGCUUACUCCAUGCUUCCUCCGAAGUUUCCCCUGGUCCUUUUCACAGGCGAUGGUGGGGUACCAGUCUUCUACAAGCAAGUAGCUCUGAAAUUCCCAACACUAUUUCAUUUUGCUGUAAUUGAAAAUGCUCCUCCAGCAACCUUGGCUGUGUACAAUAUCGCAGAGGUGCCAACGCUUUUGGUGUUGCUAACAGAACUGUCUGAGGACAGCCCUCCAAGAAUACGACCGAUACCCUACAACAAGAGUGUCCAUGGAUCAAUGAGCUAUCCAAAUGUUAUGAGGUUCUUGUAUCUUGUUCACAAGCAGUUCUUCAAUGACCUCUUGAAGCAUUCACACCGAUCCUCUGUCACUGAUUUUGAUAUUGACGACCUGUUUGAGCCCCAUUUCGCUCACUUUCCUGGAUUGAUGCUGCCUCCACAGCACACUUCGACCACGGACUAUGCACAAAGAAAGUAUUCAACAAAGUCUGCUAAAGUUCAACCAAAAUGCAAUAGUGAUAUUGAUGUUUGCAUCCUCUUAAUUGGAAAGGAUCUUGAAGCAAUAGAAGCAAGUUUUUGGAAUGACAUCAUUUUGCGCCUUCGUGAUGUUAAGAAUAAAGUCAUAGCUCAUGGCAAAUCAAUUGAGGUACAUGAAGUGGAUAUCAAUUGUAAUGAAAAAUUGGAACUUGCUUUUGAUAUCUAUGCUGGUGACCUUCCAGUAGUAAUUAUACUGCGACCAAAGAAAAAUCUUUUCACAAUUGCCAUAAUUGAAGAAAUGACAGUUAAAGUGGACCAAUACAUUGAACAAGCUUUGUCAGGGAAGAUUGGACAUGCAAAGUACAAAAGUAUCCCUGCAUUCACAACUGGAAAAUGCUCUAAGAACUACACUUCAAAAGAUGAAGAUUAUGCCAAGGAAGUGACAAAGUGGACAAAAUGAAGCUGGAUGAAAAAUGAACAAAAUAAACAUAUUGAUGUUGACCACAAUUAAAGUAUGAGACAGACAAGCUGACAUGAUAAUUAUUGAGGAUAAUGAAAAUGUUCUGUGAUUGCUAAAUUGUUUUAGCUUACAUGAUAUUAUAUUGAUUUACUAAGUAUCUAGCCCUAAAUCUUUUUGAGCAAAGCAUUCUAUUUUUGAAUAAUGAAAAUUGUUGCCGUGAUUUUUUAAAUAGUGCAAAGAAUUAUGGAUGCUAAAGAUUUAAGAAAAUUAAGAAUUUUGGACUGUUAAAAA